UAAACCAAGAGUGGUUCUAGCGGAUAUGAGGCUGCUCCGGUAGCAGCGGAAGUAGAAUUCGAGAUUUCGCAGUGCUGUACUGAAGAUGAAAUAUGUUUUCCUGUUCGUCUUGGCAUUCUCAGUCGCUGUGUGUGAUGCUGAGUUGAAGUUGGAGGCAACUGACGGAGAAAAUGUCACCAUAUCCUUCAAAACUGCUGAACUGAAGAGAGCUGAUCGAGUGAGCAUAACUUUUACAAGAGAAAAUCGGAAAACCUUGAUUGCGCAGUACUGUCGCUGUGUCCAUUGCAGAGACUGUGAUGUCGUGGAAACACCUGGAGUCUUACUGCGAGUUGAAGGAACUGUGCCCUUGAUUCUUCUAGAUGUCAGCUCCAAUAACUCAGGCCUCUAUGAAGCACGAGUCUUCAUUGGAAACGAUGUGUCUGAGAUAAAAGCUACACUUGUUGUCAAACCUGCAUUUUCCUCCACUAAAGCACCACUACAGAUCUCCACCCCAAAUCCUCCCAACUCCUCUGGACACCUGUGGCUGUACGCUUUACUGAUUCCUCUAGUCAUCUUGGGUGUGGUUACUUGUUCCUUCUGGAGGAAGAAAUGCAGGAGGGAACGUGAGCCAUUACCUGAUGCUGAAGAAGCCAGAGAAACCCCUGCUGUCUCCAGACACAGCAUCUUCAAAAACAAUAAGUGUAAAAGAAAUUGCAGGGACUGUGUAGCUGUCUCCUUUAAGGCUUGUAGAGAAGACACUGAAGAUCAACUCGUGGAUACCUGACUUGAUACUGAGUGUCUUGACUGCAAGCGGUGUCUCACACUGCCUCUUGAACUGAGGCGUCAAAACCACAUUUAGUCUUUUGAAUUUGUGAGAAAAUGGACAAUUCAAAAGAUGAGACUUUGUUUCUUAUCAGAAGUAACAAAGCAUUUUGCGAUUAUUGAAUGGGAGGUACAUUACAAAUAAUGUUAAAUUAAUGAAAAAUCGUGGACCUGGCAACCCUGGCUUGAACUUUUUGAAAUACUGCAUUAAGUUCUACACGACACAUGCCUGGCGGGAUACAGUCGGCCCGAUCAUCAGCUGUUUCUUAACAAAGAUAAUUGCUUUUAUCUGCCAAAACCGGUUACUGGCCGUUACAUACUAAAUAUCAUUCCAAACACUUUAGCCUUAAUCAGACUCUUGGUCUAGAUCUGGAUUUUGUGCAUGUCUGAUUGGAAUCUGAUCAUAUUUAGUAAAACUGUGUGAACACGAGACACAACCGUGGUCACGUUAACAUCUAGAAGCAGUCUACUCUAGACAACUCAGCAUCAUUGCCAUAGAAACCAAUGCAGAUAUUCCAGAAAAUGAAAGACAAUCCAUCAUUUAGAUAUGAUUUCAAUCAGAUACACAAAUACUCUGAUUUGGACUGAGAGUGAGAAUGUAGCCUUUGAGGCCAGUGAACCUUUUUAUAGAGUGAAAAUUGAGAGAAAAUGUAUUCACUCAAAAAUAAAUAUUUAAUGGGGAAAGUAAGAUUUCUCUGUACUUCUUUGUGUGCACAAAUUUUUAUAAAUGUAAUGUCAUUUUUU